AUGCCUGUCAUGGUGCUCUCCUGCUGUGUCUUGGUCUUGCUUAUGCCUGGUCUGUGUUUAUCAGCACCCACAUACAUGCCGGACGUAACAAGCUCUCCUUCAGCAGAACCACAGGGUGACUUGAAGCUGGCCACUGAAUACCUUCAGCAGUAUUACGACCUGGAAAAAGAGCCUUUGGGGCGCAUGAAGCGGAGUGGGGCCUCCUUCACCUCUAAGGUGAAAGACAUGCAGAUUUUUUUUGGCCUCAAUGCAUCAGGUGCUCUUGACUUUGACACCCUGGAGCUGAUGAGGAGCCCUCGGUGUGGUGUUCCAGAUGUGGAGGAGUACAGUCACAUCCAGGGGACACGAUGGAACAAGAAUGUCAUCACCUACAGCAUUGGCACAUACACCAGAGACAUGCCUCGCAGCACUGUGGACUCUCUGAUUGACUCAGCUUUCAGCGUUUGGGCCAGAGCCAGCAGUCUGACUUUUGUCAGGUCACACAACCGCAAUGCUGACAUCAUGGUGGAGUUUGUGACCUAUGAACAUGGUGACUUGUACCCAUUUGAUGGACCCAGAGGCACACUGGCUCAUGCUUUUGGACCAGGGUUGGGUGUUGGAGGAGACACGCACUUUGAUGAUGCUGAGCACUGGACAGCAGGAGAAACAGGGUUUAAUCUUUUUUUUGUAGCUGCACAUGAAUUUGGCCAUGCACUGGGCCUGAAGCACUCCACAAACCCAGAGUCACUGAUGUACCCCAACUAUAAAUCAUCCCGUCCAGCCAACAUACUGUCAAGUGAAGAUGUAGCAAAUAUCAAUGCACUUUAUGGUCCAGUCAGAGGUCAUGCAAAUCACUUGUCAAGAUUCGGUUGGAGCUCUCAGCACAGUCCCUGGCUGUCAGGAUCAAUGCUCCCCCGACUCAUGCAGAAUAAAUGUGACCCUGAUCUGACUUUUGACGCAGUGUCAACUCUGGGUGAUGCCACCUUUUUUUUCAAAGGAAGAUACCUCUGGAUUAAACAUAAUGAGCACUAUGACACUAAAGAAGGUCCCAUAACCAACUUUAUGCCCAAGAUUGAAACCAGCAUUGAUGCUGCCUUCUGGGUGCCUCGCAGAUCCACAGCUUAUCUCAUUCACGAAUCGAUGUUCUGGACAGUGAGAGGCUCUCUUGUGAGGGGAAAGCCUCGAGCACUGAGUCACUUUGGAUUUCCAGCCUGGGUCCAGGAUGUUGAUGCAGCAGUGCACAUAGUGAAAACAGGACGCACACUCUUCUUUAUGCAUGAUAUUUACUGGAGCUUCAAUGAAAACCGAAGAGUCAUGGAUUUUGGUUUCCCAAAAUACAUCAGCGACGACUUUCCUGGAGUCAACACAACAAUAAAUGCAGCUGUGCAUAAAGAGGGCUUCAUCUACUUCUUCAUCGGACCCGAAGUCUACAAAUACGACUACACCCAGAAACAUGUUGUCGGAGUUGAGAAAGCAAACUCCUGGCUUGGAUGCUGAAAUACUGUAAAUCCACCAACAUGCAACAAGGGAAUUACUUGAAACACCCUGAUUAAGUUAAAAACACAACAAGUAAAAGAACACUGUGCUUCUUCAGUCUUGAGUGAAGUUUUAUUUCAUAUUUUGUCCGAAUAAAGAAUUCCAAUUUAA